CCGUGUUUUGUCGCAUACGUCAGCCGCCUCUUGACUCAGCCAAUGGUCCUAUGUGAAUGUAUAUACAUUAAAACCGUCCAUACUUCAGCACAGGUAGAGGGAGAGCGUCUUAUAGUUAGUGUUACAGAAGGCCAUUGUCUACCAUGGAGGUAAACGGCACAGCCACCAUUCUGUCUUCGGCAUACCUUGCCGUGGAAUUUGUGGAUUCGGUUCUGCCUGACAAUCCACUGCAGGAACCCCUAAAGGACGCCUGGAACCACAUGCUGCAGAACUAUAGCAAAUUCCAGAUCGCCACCUGGGGCUCCCUCAUCGUCCAUGAGCUGAUAUAUUUCCUGUUCUGUCUGCCAGGCUUUAUCUUUCAGUUCCUCCCCUUCAUGCAGAAGUAUAAAAUCCAAUCGGAUAAACCAGAGACAUGGGAGAAACAGUGGAAGUGCUUUAAAAUGCUGCUGUUUAAUCACUUCUGUAUCCAGCUACCUCUCAUCUGUGGGACGUUUUACUUUACUGAGUUUUUUAGCAUUCCUUAUGAUUGGGACUCCAUCCCUCGCUGGCCUUAUGUUAUGGCCCAGUGUUUUGGAUGUGCAGUAAUUGAAGACACAUGGCAUUACUUCCUCCACCGAGCCCUUCAUCACCGUAGAAUCUACAAACACAUCCAUAAAGUCCAUCAUGACUUUACUGCGCCUUUUGGAAUGCAGGCCGAGUAUGCUCACCCUGCUGAGACCCUGAUUCUGGGUGCAGGAUUCUUCAUUGGCAUCAUGCUCUUCUGCAAUCAUGUUAUUCUACUCUGGGCCUGGGUCACAUUUCGCUUGAUGGAAACUAUUGAUGUUCACAGUGGCUAUGACAUUCCACUGAACCCCCUACAUCUGAUUCCAUUCUACGCUGGAGCUCGUUUCCAUGACUUCCACCACAUGAAUUUUGUGGGUAACUACGGUUCUACAUUUACCUGGUGGGACAGACUCUUCAACACCGAUUCCCAGUUUAACAAACAUUAUACCAAUAAUAAAGCCGUGAAGACCGACUGAUUGACAGAAGAACUCACUCUAUGUAUUCUGCUGUUUACCAUCACGCAGAAGGAUCUGUUUCUUAUGGACUCAUUUGUGGGCUUGUUCCCCCCACACACAAGAAUUUCAAAUGGGACUUAAUGAAUUCAUAUCAAUCUAUGCCAUCUUCUGUCAUCAAUGUGCCUUUCAAAAGGGAAAACACAACCCCACUAACAGUGGUCCAGAGAGGAACACUUGUGUUGUGCUCUCACAUUCAGCUCAUUAUCAUUUACAGUGGUUCCUCAAAAGCACUUUAUUUUCGCCUAAACAAAGAUAAACUUUCUUAAUGCUU